CCUUCCCCUGCAUUAAUUAAUUGCGCAUAUUACAUCGAUUAAUAACAUAAUAACGAAAUCUAUAUGAAAAGAUCAACCACGCAGAGACUCGUUCAAGCAAUCACAAAAAUACAAAAAUAAACAGAAUUAAUAAAAAAUUAUACUAGUUGAUCUUCCAAUGAACUUACUCUAACAACUCCAUCACCAUGCAUAAUUUUUCAAUCGCAACAUUCUAAAUUGCAAUCCGAUUUCGCUAUAAAUGCGACACAUUUCCUCUACGUGAAAAAGCCCUAACACAUAAACCAAAAUCACUUCAUCAAACUUCUACAACCCUAGAACAAUGCCUCAAGAUCAAAUCCAAACCGUCUCAACAUCGACGAUCAAAAUCGAAUCAACGGCUAGGAUCACCCUAACGCCGUCCGAUCUUGAGCUCCUCUUUCUGGAAUACGUACAAAUGGGGCUCCUCUUCCCCCACCCCCAUCAAACCACCCUCCUCAACAAAAACAUCGUCCACCACCUCAAAGACUCCCUCGAGCUCACGCUCCACUUCUUCCCCACGCUCGUCGGCCGCCUCGCCACCGCCAGGUCCGACGACGGCUCCGCCACCUGCUUCUUCCUCGACUGCGGCCACCGCGACGGAGGAGUAGUGUUCAUCCAUGCAGAGACCUCCGGCCUCACCGUCGCCGACGUCAACGAGUCCUCCAACUCCGGCCCCGGCGUCGUCCCCUCCCUUUUCCCCCUCGCCGGGGUCUACAACAAGGACGGCGCCUCCCACCCGCUGCUGGCCGUGCAAGUCACGGACCUCGCCGACGGCCUCUUCGUCGGCUGGACCGUCAACCACCUCGUCGCCGACGGCACCGCCUUCUGGCAUUUCCUCAACUCCUGGGCCGAGAUAUCCCGCGGCGCCGAAUCGAUAUCGAAACUGCCGAUUCUCAGCCGCGAUCAGGUGAAUCUCGAUCUUGUCGGCGCGAGAGAUAUAUACAUCCGCGAUGAACACCUCGCCAUGAACGAAAACAUCUCCGCCGAUCAAUCGGCGGCGGAGUUGAGCGAGAGAGUGUUUCGUCUCACCAAAGAGAAAGUCGCGAAGCUCAAAGCGAGAGCCAAUGAAGAAAUGGAGGGAAGCAACGGCAAGAUCUCGUCGCUGCAAGCUGUCAUAGCCCAUUUAUGGAGAUCCAUCAUACGGUGUCGUUCUGUGGCGGCCCUUGAAGAGACCACCUUCGAGAUUCCCAUGGGGGCGAGGCAGAGGAUGAGCCCUCCUCUCCCCGACGAAUACUUUGGCAACGCGGUUUUCCCGGGUAUCGUAACCCUAAACGCCGGAAAAGUGGCCGGGAACGGGCUGGGAUGGACAGCGUGGCAGAUAAACAGAAUGGUGGCUUCUGCAAACGGGGCGGAGAAGGUGAAGGAAUUCUACAGCAGCUGGGCUAAGGAGCCCAAGUUUCUUCAGUUUGACGCUAUCCCAACUAACCACUUCAUCCUUAUAAACUCUCCAAGAUUUGACGUCUAUGGGAAUGAUUUCGGAUGGGGGCCACCGGUGGCCGCGAGGAGCGGGAGAGGGAGCAGUUUCGACGGAAGGAUAACGGUUUCUGCAGGACUGGAUGAAGGGAGCUUGGACGUUGAAGUGUGUUUGUUGAAGGAGACUUUGUCUGCCAUGGCAGAGGAUGUGGAGUUCAUGGAGUUUGUGACGGUAGAAAAUUGAUCAACCCCCGGUUUAGUAAUUGUCGAAAGAAUUUAAAUUUUGUGUUCAUUAUUUAUAUGUUUCAUUUUUCUUGGGUUUGCCGUCUUGUAUUUGGUUUUGACUUGUGGUAGAAAGCAUUUGGAGUAUUGUUCUUGUUAUUUAUCCGUUCAAAUUGUCGGUUGACAAUUAUAAAUAUAUCUAUAUGUAACAUGUCUCUUCAUGCAA